UCCUUCCUGCUGCGCGGCUUCUGCGGUUGCCAUAGGAACGGCUCCAAUUUCCCCCCCCCUCCCUUUUCGGACUUUCCGAGGCUUUCUUGGCAGCGGGGGCGACUUCGGCAGGACAUGUCCCUGUCGUGCUUCUUUAACCCUCUUCAUGGCUGCUUGCUCCAAGCGGACGGCCACGGGGAAGUGUGGACGGACUGGAACAGCACCUCCAAGUUCUUCCAAUAUGGCUGGAGGUGCACCACCAACGAGGACAUGUACACCAACAAGACCCUCUUGGGGAACUGGAAUGAGGAGCGUUACGACAUCCAGAGAAGGAGGCAACUCAAACCUCUCCCUUCCCAGUACGGUCACUAUUUUGAGGCCACGUACGCGUCAGACUAUUCCAAGGAAAAGCCUCGCAGAUUAAGAAGGGUGACGCGCGAGCCUCACUGGUUCCCCGGACACCAGCCCGAGCUGGAGCCACCUCCGAUCAAGCCCACCGCUCGGUCGUGCUACAUGAUCGAUUACGAGCCUCCGCACGGCAGGGCAGCCUGCUCCUUGGCCGAAGGGAAGCCCACGGAAGCAGCCGAGACGCCGCCGAAGCAGUAGGCCGCUGCUCCAGGAUCACCUGGGGCUGGAAAUCUCUGCCGGAGGGUCUCCUUGCCCACCCCCGCAAGAUUAGAAGCUCGGUUAAUGGGCAGCAGUUCCUAAAAUAAAAGAAAUGCCUGCCAGGAGAUUCCCAACACGUCCGUGUUUCCCUUCCUGGUUCCUUCCUAGUUUUGUGUGUGACUCUCUUCGCAGUUCCACAGCCGGAUUAAACCCUCCCUGUUCAGGACCGAGCCUUGGCUAAGAUUGCAGCUGGCCAGGAAGGUUCAGGGAAGAAGCUACCACCCGUUUUAUUUGUCACUAAAGCAGCUCGCGUGCCUAUCUUUGCACAGAGAAAUAAAUGAAUCGAUUUGCCGUU